GGUUGGGGGAGGCCCCGGGGGCCAAGGAGGGCAGCGGAGGGCGCCUCUUCCCUCACCCUCACCAGCUGGGCUCAUCUGGGAGCGCUAAUGGGGCGCGAGCGAGGCCGAGAGCCCCACUGGGAACAUGAGAUGGGACCAUAUGGAGAUGGGAGGAAGCUCCCGAGCUCCCUUGCACCGGCUCGGGCGCCCUAAAUCCCUCGAAGAGGGACAGGGCCAAAUCCCAGGACUCUUACCAAGUGCCAGCAUGAGGGAGGAUGGGCAGAUUGUUGUGGCACCGGCUGACUGGUGGGCUGGGGCAGGGGGCCUCAGCCUGGCAGCCCUGCCCAGCUUGGGGAAAGGCUUCCUGUCUCUUGUCUUCCCCUCAAACUCGUUCUCCCGGAACACCGGGUGGGGCUGAGGGCUGGGCAGGAAAGGGGGGGCCGGUUGUGUCCUCCUUUAAGAUGGGAAAAAAAAGCCCCACAAUCAGUUGAGAAAGAGCUUUGCCAGGGGUUCCUCUCUGGGUGUGUCCUCCAUUCACCCAGGUCUUCUGGAACCUCCCUGUGUGGCUUAGGGAGCAGCCAUAAACAGCUGGGGAAACUGGGUCUAGGGAGGCCAUGAGGGCUGAGGAGGUGUCCUGGGCCCAAAGGAAGUAGCCCAGUGGUGGGAACACAUUGCCAGGAAAGACAGGACUAGGGUUGGAGGGGAGUGGUGGUCCUGGCAGUGGGGAUUCUUGAUUAUUAGUUGGCUGGGUUAGUUUCCUUCUGUUUAAGGACCAUCACCCAGCCUCCGCGGGCUGGGGCUGGAUUGAGUCAGCUUUACCCAGAAGGAAAUGGGCCCAGCCCCUUUGACAAACAGAAGGUGGCAGUACCCAUUGGGGGGCAGAGCCAGGCUUAUACUUGGGCUGGACCACAGAAACCCCUGGGCUGGAUCUACUGAAAUCCCUUCCUUUGGAGGAAGAUCAGGGAAGGAGUUAAACACAGCUUGGGUGGGGGCAGGGCAGGCUCCCUGGUGGUGGCUGACACCUGCCAAAGUCAACACCCAGGCUGCAAGGGGGGGCUCUAUCCAGCUGGCAGGCCCCCUCCCCCAGUUCAUACCUGGGCUACACUGGCUACUCACCAUGGGGCAAAGUCCACACCUGUGCCUUCGCAGGGUCUGGUUCCUCAGCAACCAGAUGAGGCCCCCAUUCGCCCCCUAACCUGAGCCAUUGCAUUUGCCAAACAUCCCCACUUUCCAGAGGAGCACACUGAGUCCUGGAGAGAGCAAGUGAGGUAUCCAGAGUCACUUGAGCUCCAAGUGGCAGAACCGGAGUUUGAACCCAAGUCUGAUGUAUACAAUGGAGCCCUUGCUUUUUUAUUUUCCUGCAGGGCUCCAAGCCUCCCCCAAUAAGUUCCCCACUAGGAUGGCAUCAGCUGGAGAACCUCCCACUGGCCCGCGUGAUGCAGCAGACCAGAACUUCGACUACAUGUUCAAACUCCUGCUCAUUGGCAACAGCAGUGUGGGCAAGACAUCUUUCCUGUUUCGCUACGCAGAUGACUCCUUCACACCUGCCUUCGUCAGCACUGUGGGCAUUGACUUCAAGGUCAAGACUGUCUACCGCCAUGACAAGAGGAUCAAGCUGCAGAUAUGGGACACAGCAGGACAGGAACGCUACCGUACGAUCACCACAGCCUACUACCGUGGAGCCAUGGGCUUCUUGCUUAUGUAUGAUGUUGCCAACCAGGAGUCCUUCACUGCCGUGCAGGACUGGGCCACCCAGAUCAAGACCUACUCCUGGGACAAUGCCCAGGUCAUCCUUGUGGGGAACAAGUGUGACCUGGAGGAUGAGCGUGUCGUGCUUGCUGAGGAUGGUCAGAGGCUCGCCGGUGACCUUGGUUUCGAGUUCUUUGAGGCCAGCGCCAAGGAGAACAUCAACGUGAAGCAGGUCUUCGAGCGCCUGGUGGACAUCAUCUGUGAGAAGAUGAAUGAGUCCCUGGAACCGAGCUCCAGCCCAGGCAGCAAUGGAAAAGGCCCGACCGUGGGGGAUGCUCCACCUCCCCAGGCUAGCAGCUGUAGCUGCUAGAGAUGGUCCCUAACCCCCGCCCACCCCCUCCUGCCUUGGCAGGGAAUGUGACUGAGGCAUGAGCCACAAGGGCUGUUUCCAAGCUCAGGGCACCCCCUUCCCUCCUGUCAGCUAUCAGCUGCCCCUCAUUCCCCGCAUGGAUCAUUUUCUCGCCACAGCUGCCAGCCUGCCCAAGCAGCCCCUGUCACAAGCUCCAGAACCUGGGGACUCUGCAUUAGAGGCAGGGUCUGGGGACAUGCAGGAGCUUGCUGCUUUUCAGGUGUUUUAGUGGGGGCACAUGGGCAGGCUGUGGGCCUUCCACCGUGCCUUCUGGGUUAGAGCCGUUGUCCACAUCCAUUCUGUGUUUGGCAUUGUCUGGAGUUCAUGAGUUGGCUGAAGAUGGUGUGCCUUCUUCCUCAUUCCAUGUGGGUUCUCAGAGUUCAUCCUUGGAGAUGUGGAAGGCGGCUCCUUGCUCAGGGCCCCCUGCUCUGAUCCCGAGCCUGCCUAUAAAUCUCUGAUCUCAAGGCUCCAAAGUGGGGAGGUGACUUUAACCCUGAAAGACCCCUCCCUUCUGGCCUGCAGAUCCUCUGUCUGUGAAAACAGUAUUAAAGCAGCUUUACCUGUUGUGAAGGGAUAGGGAGUCAGAGCCCCCCUUGGUUUUGGGGACCCCAGAAGUGCCUUCUGAGUUUCCCCAGAAUUCCACAUCACCACGACCCUGCCACUGUUUUGCUUAUGCAUGGUGUCCCUGACCCAGGAUUGAAUUCUGGAAUUAUGCACUGUGUUAUGCCAGGCAGAGAAUCGCCUAGCUCCUGGCCUGCCUUCUCGGGGCUUUUUGCCAGGAAUUAACCUCAGAGGCAGGAGCUCCCGCCCUCCUGCGCAAACCUGCCUUCUAGGGCCCAUUUGGCUGGAGAUGUUUUAGCAAGGUCUUUCCACAUCUUGCAUCCUGUUAGAGAAGGAAAUUGAGCAAUGUUCCCAUAGCCUGCCCUUGCUGGUGACUUUCUGAUGUAAGGCCUUGGGGUCCUUUCACUUGAGGACCGGGGAAGACCCAGUGUCUGUUUCCUGAGCCAUAUAUAUCAUCGGUGGGGCCCAGAGAUGGGAUGUUUUUUGCUAAUAGAGGUAUCACUAAGGAAUGUUUUUGGUUCAGGCUGGAGGAGUGAGAGGCACUGCUACCUGCCACUUGCACUUCAUAAUAUAGCUUAGGAAUGGCAGGCUGAUGGGGGUGGGCUGGGAUCGGUCUCCCUGGUUGAGGCUUGGGUUCCCAGUUGCCUGGGGCUCCUGCUGGGAGGUUAUGUGCAGUUUGGGGAUCUACCAUCUUCACACACUCCCUGCACAGCUCAGUGGCCUUCUUGCCUGCCAAAGGCCAAGCUCCAGUACCAUGACACCUUCCUGCUCUGGAACAGUAACUGACACCCCAGAACUUGACAGACCCUGUGAGGACAGCCUAAACAGAUAGUUUGUGUUCCCAGUUCUGCUCUCCCACCCCCGACGGGCAAAAUGACCUAUAACCUUAAAGAUCUCAGACUCCUCCUUUGGUUUAUGGGGAAGGCCUGGUUCAAGUUUAACAUAGUUCUUGCCUUUAUGGAAACUCUAGAUUAAAUCUAUUUCUAGAGGGUGCUGUUUACCCUAUACCAGGGUCUGCCCUUUGAGUUUCCAAGUGAGGAUAUCUUUGUACUCCAAGUUAAAUGACUGGCGAAAUGGAUGAGUUCCUGGAAACACAAAUUAAUCUGAAUGCUUGGGGGAGGGGAGGGGUCAGAAAUGUUGCUUUAACAUAAAAAUGAAAUUAAAUUAGCUUAAAGUCUCCUUAAUACGUGCCACGACCUGUCAAGAGGCUGUUGGCCAGUCCAUUUUCCCUAAACCGCUGCCAGAAAAAAUGAUGGGUCAGAGAGCUGUUAUCUGAGGGACAAGCCUAUUGUCACGGCCGUGUGAUAAAAACAGCUUUGGCUGUAUCUCGUACCUGAGUAGGCCUAAGCUUUCUUUCUUUUUUUUUUUUUA